AGAGCAACCAAAAGAAGAAGCAGGGCAUUCUGCUUCAGUCUCUGUGCCUGUCUCUAUCCACUCGUCCAUCCGGAGGUAGGUCAGUCACAUCUAGAAGAGGAAUCAACACUCUUGCGACCCUCCUCCUGCCACGUGAUCCAAAGUACAGGGCUACCUGUAUCCAUUUCUCUCUCUGCAAAGCACAGGGGAAGCCGGCAAAAUUUCUUACCUUGAGGACCUUGACCGGGAAGCGUCAGACGACGAGAUGGGUAGUGGAGCGAGCGCAGAGGAUAAGGAAAUGGCCAAGAAGUCCAAAGAGCUGGAAAAGCAGCUCCAGGAAGAUGCUGAUAAAGAAGCAAAAACUGUCAAACUUCUGCUGCUGGGUGCUGGCGAGUCAGGGAAGAGCACCAUUGUAAAACAGAUGAAAAUUCUUCAUCAAGGUGGUUACACAAAAGAAGAACAAAUGGAGUUUCGAUCUAUUAUUUUUGGCAACAUCCUGCAAUCUGCUAUGGCCAUCAUCAGAGGCAUGGAGAUGCUGGACAUCAACUUUGGGUCACCAGCAGCACAGGAGGAUGCUCAGAAGCUCCAGAACCUGGCUGACUCCAUUGAGGAGGGCAGCAUGCCUCCAGAGCUGGCAGACGUCAUCAAGAGGUUAUGGAAGGAUUCAGGUGUGCAGGCCUCGUUUGAGAGAGCUGCUGAGUUCCAGCUGAAUGACUCUGCUGGAUACUACUUGAGUGAAAUGGACAGAAUCUGCAAACCUGACUACCUCCCCACCGAGCAGGAUGUGCUGAGAUCUCGAGUCAAGACUACUGGUAUUAUUGAGGAACAGUUCUCCUGCAAAGAGCUCCACUUCAGGAUGUUUGAUGUGGGUGGCCAGAGGUCUGAGAGGAAGAAGUGGAUUCAUUGUUUCGAAGGUGUGACUUGCAUCAUCUUCUGUGGAGCCCUGAGUGCUUACGACAUGGUGCUGGUAGAAGAUGAUGAAGUGAACCGCAUGCAUGAGAGUCUCCAUCUCUUCAACAGUAUCUGCAACCACAGGUUCUUUGCCACAACUUCCAUUGUGCUUUUCCUCAACAAGAAAGAUCUCUUCCAGGAGAAGAUCAAGAAAGUCCACCUGAGCAUCUGUUUCCCUGAAUAUGAUGGUCCAAACACAUAUGAAGAUGCCAGCAACUAUAUCAAAGCUCAAUUUCAAGAUCUGAACAUGAAGAAGGGAGUAAAAGAGAUCUAUGCUCACUUGACCUGUGCCACAGACACAAAGAACGUCGAGAUUGUGUUUAACGCUGUGACAGACAUCAUCAUCAAAGAAAACCUUAAGGACUGCGGUCUGUUCUAAACACCAUAUUUUUCAAAGUUGUCACAGUAACAAAAGAACAUCCACAAGUGGCAUGAAGGUGAACUCUACAGCAAGCAGUCAAGUGUGGUCAGCAGAUCCCCGGCCAAAGAACAAGCUCAACAACCUGACCGAACCUCAGAGACUAGAUCCAGAUUAGACUAAUGGCCUCUGCUCUCCAAAGGGACUCUAAAAACAUUUCCUGUCAAACUGCUAGUAGUCAAUGAGAGAAGGAUUACCAAAGAAAGGGGACUUUUAAUGCUACGAGUUAUUGAUGCUUGUAGAGAAGCUUCCUCUCAAUGUGUUUUAAUGUCAAACCUAUAGAGGUUUGACUGGUAGAUGUUUUUCCUGAAAAAGAAAAGUUAUUUUAAUGCAAUUAAAUGUUGCUGUAUUAAAGAAAUUAAAGUGGGAUCCCAUCAGAUCCCAUGGUAACAAUUAGAAACAUCCGUAAAUGUACAGCAUCUGUUCUCGAGAGUGUUAAAACUUGCAUAUCAGCAAAACGUGAUUGUUUGAAUUCAGCCAGCUAACACAAUAUAUGAAAGAUGUUUCUUUUUCAGCCCCAAACACAGUAGGGCAGUAUGUUUUGUAAAUAACAGUAGGAAAAAACAUCUGUUUAAAAAAAAGAUUCUAUAUAAAAUAUAUAUGGUGACAUAAAUCUAUUUAUUUAUGUUACAGUAACAAGUGAAAAUUCUAGAAUGGCCUGUUGCUUUGUUUAAAGCCUGAGGUCUGAAUUUGUGGAGAUGUCCUGGAAUAUAAAUGUAGGCAGAUGAAAUAAAGACUUGCAUCAAUUCCA